CAAAUGGUAACCAGACAUGCAAGAUGCUCUUCAAAAGUUGUCAUGCUCUGUUUCCGAAUGAAUAAAGCUUGUCAGGUUUAUAUAUGCACGUAUCUAUAUCAAUAAAUAUUCUUUACUAAUGAAGCCCUAAUUAUUUCCCGUGAAAGAAUUCGCAAAAGGACAUUUCUAUGGGAUCUUCAGUGUCUUGCACUAGCAAUACAAAAGUUAUUGAUACAGCAUUUGAAAAGCAAGAAAAGUCUGAAAGAAAAAUUGAAGACUGUACAGAGACAGUUAAAUCCUCUUCUCACUGUCUAAAAAGUGAUCCUAUUGAAGCUCUUCCUUCCAACAAUAGUUCAGCUCCUCCUCCUUGUGACCCUAUUGAAGCUCCUCCUUCCAACAAUAUUUUAGCUCCGCCUCCUGGUGACCAAAUUGAAGCACCUACUUUAAAUGAUAUUGUAGCUCCUCCUCCAGCACCUUCUGUUACCAUGUCAACGUCCAACAAGCAGAAAGAAAAUGGUGAUGACAAAGAUGCUGGGACAGAGAAUAGUAAGGACAAGGGAGAGGCUGAAAAUGGAGAGAAGAAAGUUGAAAAUGAAUGGAUGACAGAUGAAGAACUUGAAGAAUUUAGAAAGAAGACAUUUGAUUACCUGAGAGAUACAGCAAAUGAGGUAGUGGCACUUAAGACUCGCCACGAAAGCGGGGGAGCAUUUGUUACCAAGAUCUAUAAUGCCACAAUAAGAUUUAAUCAGAUUUACUUUGCUUUGAAAAAAACAGUUCGAGAAAAUAUACACAAAUUCAGAAAAGACAUAGCAGAAUUAAUGAUGGAAACAAAAUAUUUCAAUUUGAGCUGUGAAAUUGUAAUGGAAAUAUACAAGAAUGGGUGGUGCGGUAAAGAUGGGAAGGAGGAAAAAAGUAAGACUGUACCGUUAACAAAUAGCCUUAUUACCCUGCUUAAUUUUAGUGAUGGCUGUGAUGAGUAUGCAAUUGGCCUUGCAAAUGAGCCUGGAUUUCUUGAUACACUCAAACAAAUACUAGGAGAUUCACUGCCAAAAUAUUUUGCAAAGGAAGGGGAACCAAAACUGUCGGGAAUUGAGGAAAAGUUGAUGAAACAUUCUCUAAGUAUUGUUCACAAUAUGUCCAUGAGAGAAUCCAAUAUAUCAAAGUUGCGUGAUGCUGACAUGAUCUCUUGUUUGAAACCCUAUCUCAAGUCACCCAACGAAAUGUAUGCAUUGAAUGCAUUGGCCAGUUUGGCAGGUUUAAUCAAUGAAGAAGAAUGUGAUGUCAUCAACAGUAACAAGGAGAUUGUAAUGAUAUUGUUAGACUGUAUCAGGAAAGGGAUGAAAGAUAAAAUGCGAAGAUGUAAAGGAUGGUCCUGUCAAGAAUCUGUUUUCACUGUCAAGUUACUGGCAAGAAAUGAUGCUAAUAUGAAGACUCUGGUAGAUCUUGGAGCUCUUGAAUUACUUGUGGAGAUGGCCAAGAUUGGCGAUGAUGGUGAACAAUUUGAGAGUGUUUCUGCGCUAUGGGCGCUGUGUUUUGACGAAGAUAACCAGUCACUUAUUACCGGAAAACCGGAGCUCGGGGUUGUUGAUUUACUAGUAGAUUUGAAAUCCUCGGAAAAUGAGAAAAUCAAGAAAGCAUGCAAUGGUGCAUUAUGGACACUCAGAGAUGCAUUAAAGAAAACAGUUGUUGAAAAAUACAAGAAAAUAGAGGCAGAAUAUGCAUUUCAACUACGUAAAAAGGUUAUUCCAUUAAAGAUGGAGAGAGGGUAUACUCCUGAUGGGUGGCUCGGUUUUAUAGUGGGCGCCAAGUUGUUCUUUGAGUUCAGUCCAAAGUAUCCAUUUGAAGACAAAAUGAAGGCCUUGCUAAGGGAGAUAGAUGGUGUACUCGGAGGUUCAGGAGAUAUUCCUGAUUCAGGGGAGAUAAUUAAACCUCAGGUUGCUUCUGUGACGGAGGCAGCAGGUGCCCAUUCUGUAGAUUAUGCAGACACAGCUUCUUCUGCGAGUAAUACAGUUGCUAGGAUAUCAGUUUCUAAGACAACCAUUGAUAAUGUGAGAAAGUGGACGGUAGACGAUGUUAAAAAAUGGAUUGUCAAGAAUGGGCUGGAGAAGUGUGGAAUCAGCAGUUUAACAGGUGGAGAGAUCGCACUCCUGGCUACUAUGCGAGUAGAAUGUCCCGAUUUUUUCUACAAGUGCCUUCAAGAUAUGCUCAGGGUUAAAGAUUUGUUAACAAUGUCAAAAAUAGUCUGGGCAUUACAUGAUUUAUCUUAGAUAUUGCAUGGGCUUACAUAUUUAGUUUUCAUCAUUUUUAACCCUUUGUAGAAUCCCUACUUAAGACCACCCUGGAAUAAGACCAUUCCGAUAUUAAGACCAUUUUUUAAAACAACAUAAUUUUCUGUCCUUUAUGUCAAUAUUUUCAUGAUCCAGAAUUAGAUUGAAAGCCCUCAAUUAAGACCACCAAUGGGACUAGAUUAAAGUGGUCUUAAUUGCAGGAUGGUCUUAGUUGUGGAUAUUUAAUUAUCACAGCAUAUAUUUUAUGACUACAGUCUAUUCAAAUCAUUUUGUAUAAUUAAUGGUCAAACAAUAUGUUUAAGAACCUUCAGUUACUACUUUAAACUAAUCUUGUAUAUGAACUCUCAUAAGAACAUAAUUCUGAAUUAAAGACUAAAUUCUCAUUGUAAUGAUAAAAAUCUUGUAGCUAUCAACUUCAGGUUUGACCUUUCCAGUCAUGUUUAUACUCUUUAUUAAUUAUUUUGUGAAAGAUUUUUUUCCAGUCAUGAUCUCACUUUAGUUUGCAUUUAUAUAAUACUUCAGUCUACACAUUUGUAUCGUCAGUUUUCAUUGGAUAAUCAAUGACGUUUAUAUAUCUUUAUACAUAAUUUUUGUGAAUUUAUGAACUGCAUAUAAUUUCUAUUUUGAUAAAAAAAUCAUGUUGUUAAACUUGUAUUGUCAAUUUGUAAUAAAUUUUUUUUUUGACAGGUUAUAUGGCCAUAUAUAAAUGUUUGUUUGCAAUAUAACUUGUCUAGCUGCUUUGGUUAUAUAAGAUUACAAUCAUUUAUACUUGGUCAUAUAACCUGUCAAAAAAAAUCUUUAUAAAUGUUAACAUAAACAUGUCAAUCAUGUUGUAAACAAUCUAUAUUGGCACAAUCUUUCAUACUUUAUAUUUCUGCAUUUAUUUCAAUCAAUAAAUAUGUAUACAAUAUAGAGAUUGUAAAAUAGUGUUAUGUACAAUACAGGUAUCUAAAUUUGGACUUGUUUACCUGAUUAGUGCAAUAAAGAGAGCAUCAGAUUUGUAAUCAAUGGGUUGUUGGUUGAUUUAGAAAUCAUAUUGGAUAAAUAGUCAGUCACUUGCGUAGAAAUUGGCAAGGACUGGUUAGUUAUUCAGUAAAGUCAGUUGGGUGGACUGAGCGGCAAGAUAUGACCACAAUUAUAUAAUGUAUUGUAAUCAGGGUAAAAAAACCCAACAAAUUAACAAGCAAACAAUGGAGAACGAAAAACUAUAUUUAUUAGCAUGGUAAUUAGCUCAAUAUGCUGUAUGUUUUUUUCUGUUUUAGUUUGCCGUCACUGGGUGGAUAUAUAUUUCCCUGAUGUACAUAACACUAUUAAAAUACCUUGUGAUACAACUUCAUACUCAGAUACUAAUACAGUAAGUUCAACAGUCCAAUUCACCAUACAUUGUGUCAUAACUUAUGUCUUUUACAAGAUUUGCUGUUAAGUGUAUGCUUAUUUCACCACAUAGAGAAGAUGUGUAUACCUUAUGUGGGAGCUGUGAUAGUUUUAGGCUAUUGUCAUAGGCUAUUUUUAAAAUUGAACAUCUUAUAUUUAAUUUUGAUUUUCUUGAAAGCUAAAACUGUGUUCAAACUCAAACUGUGUGCCUAAGCUCCAGCUGUGUUGUUGCCAAUAGUUAAGUUGGCAUUUUUGUGUCACUGUGACAAUUAUAAAACACAGCAGAAGGAAUUGCGCUGUCUGUCAAACUGCCUUGUUAUUACUUGUUCAGUAUCAUUGUCUGUUAUAACAUGUUCAAUCACAUUGUCUGUUAUAUCAUGUUCAAUCACAUUGUUAUCACAUGUCCAAUCACAUUGUUAUAACAUGUUCAAUCACAUUGUCUGUUAUAACAUGUUCAAUCACAUUGUCUGUUAUAUCAUGUUCAACCACAUUGUCUGUUAUCACAUGUCCAAUCACAUUGUCUGUUAUAAAAUGUCCAAUUACAUUGUCUGUUAUAACAUGUCCAAUUACAUUGUCUGUUAUAACAUGUCCAAUCACAUUGUCUGUUAUAACAUGUUCAAUCACAUUGUCUGUUAUAACAUGUUCAGUCACAUUGUCUGUUAUAACAUGUUCAAUCACAUUGUCUGUUAUAUCAUGUCCAAUUACAUUGUCUGUUAUAACAUGUUCAGUCACAUUGUCUGAUAUAACUUGUUCAAUCACAUUGUCUGUUAUAACAUGUCCAAUUACAUUGUCUGUUAUAACAUGUUCAGUCACAUUGUCUGAUAUAACUUGUUCAAUCACAUUGUCUGUUAUAACUUGUUC